CGUUGUGAGUCACGAAUGUGUGCAGUGAGGCCAGCAGCUAGAUUGAACGUCACUCGCUGUUGGCGGCUUGUAGCAGGAUAACACGCGGCCAUGCGCGAGGGAACAGCGGCAGCAUUUCAUCUCUGCUCUCUUUUGGGCUGACCGCACGGCUCCGUUCCUCUUUUCUACUCUAGCAAUACUGCAGCUCAGGAAGCCAGUGGACUCAAGAUGGACAUUCCCAGCAUGGCUUACCUCUGCAGGACAUCACUGGCCAUGGACACAUGCAGAUUUUUGCAGUGAAGAGAAGCAGGCUCAGGUAAUAACAGGUGGAAUUGAAGCUGUGGAGGAGAGCUGAAAAUCAUGGGUAAAUCCAACAGCAAGCUCAAGCCAGAGGUGGUGGAGGAGUUGACGAGAAAAACCUACUUUACGGAAAAAGAGGUGCAACAGUGGUACAAAGGCUUCAUUAAAGAUUGUCCCAGCGGGCAGCUUGAUUCUGUGGGCUUUCAGAAGAUAUACAAGCAAUUCUUUCCCUUUGGAGAUCCCACAAAGUUUGCCUCUUUUGUCUUCAAUGUGUUUGAUGAAAAUAAGGAUGGACGCAUCGAGUUCUCUGAAUUCAUCCAGGCGUUAUCUGUGACCUCUCGGGGGACUCUGGAUGAGAAACUUAGAUGGGCUUUCAAGCUGUAUGACUUAGAUAAUGAUGGCUACAUCACCCGCGAUGAGAUGUUGAACAUUGUAGAUGCAAUUUAUCAAAUGGUGGGAAACACUGUGGAGCUGCCAGAAGAAGAAAACACACCAGAAAAGCGAGUGGACCGCAUUUUUGCAAUGAUGGACAAGAAUGCCGAUGGGAAAUUGACUCUGCAGGAGUUCCAGGAAGGCUCCAAGGCCGACCCUUCUAUUGUUCAGGCUUUGUCUCUCUAUGAUGGUCUAGUCUAAGUAUUGAACGAUCUCAAGGUGAGUGGGGUAUUUUUCAUGUGCAAGUGAUGUGCACACUUAGCCAAGAGGAAAUGCAGACCAUCUAAUAUUGUGCCAUUCUUGUAUUAUCUGAGCAACUAAAGAGACACAAAUCGGCAAAUGGCCUAAAUCCAAAGCAACGCAGCUGCUUUCUGCUCUCAGUUUGUUCUUAUGAAUUAUUCAAGCGACCCACUUGUUUGCUGGCAAUCAAAUGGUCUUUUAGUGCCGAGUGAAGAGCCUCUUCCGCCGCCUCAUGUAAUCCACCAACCACUGCCAAUUGUUGCUGACACAUCGUGCUCAGCGUUUUGUCAGCUGUGAAGUUGGCUUGUGAAUGCAUAUUUUGAACACACCGUAGACGUGAUAAUCCUCCACGGUCUAUCGAAAGACUGGUUUUCUAUGAUGAUAAACACUCCUAUCAUCUCAAGAUGGAUCCAGUGUUGCACUUAGGUCAGACAACUCCAAAACCAUCCAAUGAGUGCAUCUCGACUUUGCCACAAUCAAUCUUGCUCAUCCAGGAGUGGACUGACAAUCAGUUCAGUUAUUUGUGUUUCCACCCAGGUUAGUGGACAUUUUGUCUCAUGACAUUUCAAACAGGGAAGCGAAGUUCUGAAUCAUUUCAUCAUUCUUCAGCUGCUACUGUGUGCUGUCUGUUCAAACGUUGCAGCCUUCUGCCUUCCCCACCAAAAAUCCCAGGAGGGGAAUUCCCUUGGAGGCUUUUCCAGACUUAACAAGGGGAGGCAGGGAGCUGUGCUACCAUCAAGGACUCCAGUGUCUAACUAGGGAAAGUGUGUUACAUGGUGAUAGAGUAAGCACUAAUUUAAAACUACAAAGCAGUGUAUUUUAAUAUGUAAAUAUAGAAUUAUGUUAAUUUAGUUCCUGCUUUGUUGUAUUAAAGAGUUUUACCUAUUGAAAAUUUGAUGAAGUUUUAUUUUUAUCAAAAUUGUUGAAAUGUUUUGCACUUCAUUUUUCACUACUUUUGUGGGAUUUAGUUCUUUGUUUUCAUGCUGAGUUUACUCUCCUGGGAGAAUACGUAGUCUUUAUUUGUGGAAGAGGGUUGAAGCAGUGGGGAGUUUUUUUUUUUUUUUUUUCUUUUUUUAGCGGAUUAUAUUGCUAUGUUUGCAGCCUGAGAAUCCUGUUGUGUUUUCUCCAUGAGCACGAGUGUUGACUUUCUGUCGUACAAUGUCUGAAUUGAGGCUCUGAGGCUCUUAACCCUUAUUCACAUUCAGCAGACUGAGCGAUAAAAACACAAAAAUGCAAAUUUUCGUAGUAAAGCUUUUGGAAGCUUUGUGGCGACUAUUAUCUAGUUUAUAUUUGUCCUGCUGUGUAAAAGCCAGAGCAUGCAAUCAUGCCUUUUAUCUCUUCUUAAACAUUAUUGUUGAAGCAGACAUGUUAUAGCAAUCACUGAUGUUAUGCCUUAUGCAAAUGAUCAUUUACUGAAUGACAAUGCCAUUUACAGUACCUGUCAUUUAUCAGUAAGAGAGCACAUAAUAAAAUGCAUUUAAAUGGCUAUGUGUCUAUGUCUUU